AUGUGCUCCUUAGCGUCGGGCGCUACUGGAGGCCGGGCCGCCGUGGAGGAGGAGGAGGACCUGCCAGACCUGUCCGACAGCGGGGACGAGGCCGCCUGGGAGGACGAGGACGAUGCCGAGCUCCCCCACGACAAGCAGCACACCCCCUGCCUGUUCUGUGACAGGUUAUUUACAUCUCCUGAAGAAACAUUUUCACACUGUAAGUCUGAGCAUCAAUUUAAUAUUGAUACCAUGGUCCAUAAACAUGGACUUGAAUUCUAUGGAUACAUUAAACUAAUAAAUUUUAUUAGGCUUAAGAAUCCUACAGUUGAGUAUAUGAAUUCCAUAUGUAAUCCAGUGCCUUGGGAGAAAGAAGAGUAUUUGAAGCCAGUAUUAGAAGAUGACCUUUUACUUCAGUUUGAUGUAGAAGAUCUUUAUGAACCAGUGUCAGUCCCAUUCUCAUUCCCCAAUGGACUCAGUGAAAAUACCUCUGUUGUUGAAAAAUUGAAACAUAUGGAAGCCAGGGCACUGUCUGCUGAAGCUGCAUUAGCUAAAGCACGUGAGGAUCUUCAAAGAAUGAGACAAUUUGCUCAGGAUUUUGUGAUGAACGCAGAUGUCAGAACCUGGUCAGCAUCUACUUCUGCCAUUGCAGACCUUCAGGAGGAUGAGGAUGGUGUUUAUUUCAGCUCAUACGGGCAUUAUGGGAUACAUGAAGAAAUGCUAAAGGACAAAAUACGAACAGAAAGUUACCGAGAUUUUAUAUACCAAAAUCCACAUAUCUUCAAAGACAAAGUAGUUUUGGAUGUUGGUUGUGGAACUGGAAUUCUCUCUAUGUUUGCUGCUAAAGCCGGGGCAAAGAAGGUUCUUGGAGUUGAUCAAUCUGAAAUUCUUUACCAGGCAAUGGAUAUCAUAAGACUAAAUAAACUUGAAGAUACUAUCAUACUAAUUAAAGGAAAGAUUGAAGAAGUUCAUCUUCCUGUAGAAAAAGUGGAUGUUAUUAUAUCUGAGUGGAUGGGUUAUUUUCUUCUUUUCGAAUCUAUGUUAGAUUCUGUUCUUUAUGCAAAGAACAAAUACUUGACAAAAGGAGGAUCGGUCUAUCCUGAUAUUUGCACUAUCAGCCUUUUGGCCGUAAGUGAUGUGAAUAAACAUGCUGAUAGAAUUGCUUUUUGGGAUGAUGUCUAUGGUUUCAACAUGUCCUGCAUGAAGAAGGCAGUUAUUCCAGAAGCUGUUGUGGAAGUUUUAGAUCCGAAGACUCUUAUUUCAGACUCUUGUAGUAUUAAGCAUAUAGAUUGCCAUAAAACAUCUGUCUCAGAUUUGGAGUUUUCUUCAGAUUUUACCCUGAAAAUCACGAAGACAUCCUUGUGCACAGCAAUUGCUGGUUACUUUGAUAUAUAUUUUGAGAAGAAUUGUCACAAGAGGGUCGUGUUCUCUACGGGCCCCCAGAGUACCGAAACACACUGGAAACAAACAAUAUUUUUAUUGGAAAAGCCAUUUUCAGUUAAAGCAGGUGAAUCCUUGAAAGGAAAGAUCUCGGUCCAGAAGAAUAAGAAAGAUCCACGUUCUCUCAUCGUGACCCUCACAUUGAAUAAUUCAACUCAAACUUAUGGUCUCCAAUGA